AUGACAACAUCCGCUCAGCCGGAGAUUGUCCUGUACGAUCUCGCAUGCACUAAAAACACGUGCUUCUCGCCUGUCGUGUGGAAGAUCCGAUUGAUGCUCAAUUACAAGAAAAUCAAUUACCGGACAAUCUUCCUCGAAUUUCCCGACAUUGAACCCACGUUGAAAGAGCUCGGCCUCGCGCCCCAUGAUCCAAGCUCGAGAUCUCAUGCCAGCUACACAGUCCCUGUCAUUCAACAUGUGCCCACCGGCAAAUACAUCAUGGACUCACCAUCCAUCGCCGAAUUUCUAGAAGCCACAUACCCCAGCCCACCACUCCCUUUGACAUCCGACCUCGGCCGCGAAAUCGAAGCUCAAGCUCGAAGCGCAGUGGCUCCAGCGCUUUGCAUUUCUGUUCCGCCACGUGAGAUCCUCAUCCUCUCACCGCGAUCACAGGAAUAUUUUCGAGCCAAAACCGAAGCUCGGCUUGGAUGUAAGCUCGAGGAUUCUAUUACUCCAGAGAAAGAGGACAAGGCUUGGGCGGAUGUGCAGGGGAAGAUGCAGGGUUUGAGUGGGCUGAUCAUGACGAACAAGGAUGAUGGGCCGUUUUUGCUGGGUGCUCAGCCAAGCUAUACUGAUUUCUUCAUUGCGGGUUCGCUUCAGUCGACGAGGACUAUUGAUGAGGGGGUAUUCCAAAGAUGUGUUGCGUAUCCUGGGUUCAAAGCUAUUUAUGAGGCUUGCCUACCCUGGAUGGAGAAGAAGGACUAG